AUGGCACUACCCAAGCCCGCUAACUACUACUUCCUAGUUCCGCUCCUUUCGUUCAUCCCAUGGUACGUGAUGUUGAUCACUUUCCUGAUCACCUGGGCUGCCGAUGGCCAUCCGGUAUACUACUUCAUGCACAAUAAGGAACAGACCACCGUUUACAUCUCUGACAUCGGGGCCAUGUCGUUGCAUCCAAUGUUCAUCAUCUGCUCAGGUCUGCAAGGUCUGGGAUACUGUGUCUCCGUCGCAUGUGAAUACUACCAAAGGUCUGGUCAUUGGCCAUUCAUGAGAAACAGAAAUAAUCCGUCAGACAAAGAGUACAACAGAAGAAAUCAAAAUAUAAUACAGGACGAUCCAGAGGAUCCAGAGGAUCCGUUCGCAGAUGAGUACGAUGACGUUCUGGACGACGAUCAGAGAUCGUUCGACACAAUUAGAAAGAAUUACACCGAGUCUCUGCUUUCCUCGAAGUUCCUAAUGCCUCCAUUCUACACAAAGGACGAAAGAAACCUGAUUUUUGCGUCUUUCGUUCUAGGAUUACUGGGUGAGUUGGCUUUGCUGCUAUGUUCCAUCUUCUCGACUGCUACCCACCACAAUGCCCACAUCUCUCUGGUUGUCGUCUUCAUUGUCCUAAUGUACAUCUCUUGUUCAUGUCUAAUUGCUGAAUAUUUCUUAAUGGGUAGACAUUACGCAGUUCUGCAUCCAUUGGCAAACCUUGACCAUAAAGUUGACAUGAAAAAUAUGCCUCUAUGGAAAUGGGAAGGUUACGUCUGGAAUAAAUUCACAAUCUCAGGUGUUUUAAAGAGUGUAUGGAUAGCUUUAGCUAUUCUAUGGGCACUAUUGUUUGCUGGCAUUGAUGAUGAAUCCACUUCGGCUGUUUUCGAAUGGAUCCUAUCAUUCUGGUUAGGUGUUUUCUUCAUGAUCAUGUCCGUCGACUUCUACCUAGGUGGCAGAUAUAAAUGUUCUCGUUACUUCCAUCAAGUUGAGUCCUUCGCCGGUUACUACAAGUAUGACAACGUCGUUAAUAACAAUCAUAAUGCCUCUCAACAACAACAACCAACUUAUUUUGCACAUGAUUCGAAUAACCGUGCUAUCUUGGAAGACCCAUUCCAAGACAUAGAUUUGGAAACAGAAUCCAUUAAACUAAACUUGCAUUAG